AUGGACCCGCAAGCUCAGCCCGCGCAGCCGCAUCCUCAGCAGAGCCGGUCUGCGCCGGCAUACGAUCCUACCCAGGGCGGUCACUAUGGCGCCUGCGCUGCUUUAGCUGCGCAGGGCUUCGCUCCCGCCGAGCUCUACACUGGUCCAUGGGCCAACGUUCACCAGGGCCUGACUGGCCAGUACAAGGACAUCCUGACCACGUACUGGCAGCAAACCAUCACUCACCUGGAAAGUGAUGCUCACGACUACAAGAUACAUCAGCUGCCCCUCGCGCGGAUCAAAAAGGUCAUGAAGGCCGACCCUGAAGUCAAGAUGAUUUCUGCCGAAGCCCCAAUUCUCUUUGCCAAGGGUUGUGAUAUCUUCAUUACCGAGCUCACCAUGCGCGCCUGGAUACACGCCGAGGAAAACAAGCGCCGCACGCUCCAACGCUCCGACAUCGCCUCGGCUCUCGCCAAGUCGGACAUGUUUGACUUCUUGAUUGACAUUGUUCCCCGGGAAGAGGCCUCGUCUCACGCAAAGAGAACUGCUGCGCAGCCCUCCGCCGCCAAUGCCCAGACAGUGCCCGCGGCUCCGGGCCCAGGCCAAAUGCCUGCCGAUUACAUGAGCGGCCACCAUCUGGCCACGGAGCAGGACUAUCGCCAGACCCAGGCGCCGGGAUCCAUGUAUGGAGAGAUGGAGGGCAUGUACCCGUACUCCACGAUGCAACCCCAGCAGGCACCCAUGUCAUCCGAGGAGUUUGAAUGA